CACACUUUUACUUUGCCUGCAUCUUUUUAAGAGAGGAAAAGGUUAGUCCUGACUUUGCAUGGAAACUUAUAAAGCUUCAGAAGGAGAAAGAGAGAUGUUGGGCAAUUGAAGGCUUGAGCAGCCAAAAAUGAGCUGCAGCGAAACAUCCUCUUCUGAAUGUCUGAAAGAUAAGGAAAUUGAGCCACUUACUCAUUUUGACAAGAUGCCUGGUGGACAAGUGGAAGGAAUCAUGACAUCCCAGCAUCCACUCCUUCUUGACAGUCUGCACCAGUUUGUGGGGCUGAACUUCCCACUGGACCAGCUGUUGGAGCAACUAAGGCCUGACCUCCCAAUCAGGCAGCAGGUGGCUGAGCUGGAAACCCGCCAGAAGACCUUAGAGAACAUUGUCUCAGUCCUGAGCCGGGAGCUGGGCAGAAAAGAAGAGGCCCCUGGAAUCAGGCUUGGAGAAGCCCUGGCUAGGAUCCUCUUUCUGGAGGAGAAAAUAGAACAACAAGACUCACUCUUGGCUCUCAAAGAUGUGAUGAUCAGCGGCUUGGUGUCCCGGAUCCAGGCCCUGGAGCAUACCAGCUAUGAUGGGUGUUUCCUCUGGAAGGUCCCCAAGGUGGGGCUUCGAAUGCGGGAAGCGCAAACUGGCAAACGGCCUGCCCUUUAUUCCCCCUGUGAGUGACCAAAUCCGGAGGUGAAAGGAAAGGGGGAAGUGGUUUCAUAGAACAAAAGUCUCUAUCUGCUGGCUAACUUUCUGUCUACUGUGUCUAUGCACUUGCUCUACUGGGGAAACACAGGAAGGUAUAGCGUGUGCAUCCUGUUUGGACUUGCACAAGACCACACUUGCAUCUGUUUUUAUAUCAUGAAGAUAAAGCUGUGAAUUCAUGGACCCAUUCAGAAGUAGGCAUUAUGGUGUAUCUCUCAGACCCUUUGUUGAUGCUCCUGGAAAGAAAGAAAGAAAGAAAGAAAGAAAGAAAGAA